CGCAUGUUAAUAAGAGUGGCUCAUUGAUAUUUGUGUAUCUUGCCGCCAGUUUACCCUCCGAUGGAACAGCACCAGUUAGAGAAUCAUGGCUCGUCGGAGUCUUUGUCGGAAGUGGUGGUGUCAAACGGAGAGUUUGUCGGAGGUCUUCGUCGUACUGGCGACCAUUCAAUCUCUUCCUCAGCUGAUAAAAAUGGGACAGGUCGUUGGCCAACAAUAGUUCUUGCUUAUAAGACGCUGGGAGUAGUUUUUGGAGGGCUGGUUACCUCCCCGCUUUAUGUUUACCCUUCAAUGAAUUUGAAAUCUCCAACUGAAGAUGACUAUUUGGGUAUCUACUGUAUCAUCUUCUGGACUCUUAGUUUGAUCGGAGUUGUCAAAUAUUCAUGGAUAGCUCUAAAAGCCGAUGAUCAGGGUGAAGGCGGAACAUUUGCUCUGUAUACAUUACUCUGUAGGUAUAUGGAUAUUGGAAGUCUUUCAUCAAAACGCGUCCAUUCAAACUCAACCCUUUUUCAUGCUAGCCAGUAUGAAGGCUCCAAAGAGCAAAGCAGACUUGGUAAAUUUUUUGAGACGAGCGUAGUUGCAAGAAGACUGUUAUUUUUUAUUGCAAUGCUAGGCAUGUGCAUGCUGAUUGGUGAUGGUAUACUUACACCAGCCAUUUCAGUGUUGUCAGCAAUAGAUGGCAUCAGAGCACCUUUUCCUUCAGUAAGCAAGUCUCUGGUUGAAUCUAUAUCUGCAAUUGUUCUCAUUGUCCUGUUCCUGAUGCAAAAAUUUGGUACGUCACGAGUGAGUUUUCUUUUCUCACCCAUCAUGGGGGCAUGGACACUCAGUACCCCCAUUGUCGGAGUGUAUAAUAUCAUUCAUCACUACCCAAGCAUAUUUAAGGCAGUAUCACCACAAUACAUCUAUCAAUUCUUUUCGAGAAAAGGAAAGGAAGGAUGGCUUUUGCUUGGUGGCACAAUUCUUUGCAUCACAGGUUCUGAAGCAAUGUUUGCUGAUCUGGGUCAUUUUAAUCAAAGAUCCAUUCAGAUGGCAUUUGUGUUCACUAUAUAUCCUUCACUGAUUUUGACAUAUGCUGGGCAAACGGCGUACCUGAUCAAGAAUCCAAAUGACCACGAUGAUGGGUUCUACAAGUUUCUACCGACCAAAGUAUACUGGCCUAUCUUCGUCAUAGCCACAUCAGCUGCUACUGUGGCGAGUCAGUCACUGAUCUCAGCAACUUUCUCUGUUAUCAAGCAAUCUGUGGUUUUGGAUUAUUUUCCUCGUGUAAAGGUGGUUCACACUUCCUCAAGCAAAGAAGGCGAGGUUUACUCUCCAGAGAUUAAUUACAUCCUCAUGAUUCUUUGUGUUGCUGUCAUACUUAUUUUUGGAGAUGGGAAAGAUAUUGGAAAUGCCUUUGGUGUUGUUGUGAGUAUGGUUAUGCUCAUCACUACCAUACUACUUACUCUAGUCAUGAUUACAAUAUGGAGGACUCCGCCGAUUCUGGUUGCUUUAUACUUCAUUGUAUUCUUUGUAAUGGAAGGUGUGUAUGUUACCGCUGUCUUGACUAAAAUCCCAGAAGGUGGAUGGAUCCCGUUUGCUAUAUCUUUUAUUCUUGCUUUCAUCAUGUUUGUCUGGUUUUAUGGAAGGCAGAGAAAGAUAGACUAUGAAGUGACACACAAGGUAGAUAUGGACAGGUUUGAAUUGCUGCUAUCUGAUCCAGUUGUCCAGAGGGUUCCUGGACUAUGCUUCUUCUACACAGAUAUCCAAGAUGGGUUCACCCCAAUUUUGGGUCACUACAUAAAAAGCAUGAAAUGUCUUCACAAAGUUACAAUUUUCACAACACUCCGAUACUUGCUGGUCCCAAACGUCUUGCCACAUGAGAGGGUGCUUGUGAGAAAACUGGGCAUUAAGGGAGUGUAUGGAUGUGUAAUUCAAUAUGGAUAUGCAGACUCUCAUAGUCUUGAAGGGGAUUUGGUUAGUCGAGUCAUUGAGAAGCUGCGAACCCACUUACUUAAUUACAGUGAUGAUGCAGGCUCAGUUUCUCCAGAUGAGGAAGCAGUUCUUGAUCUAGAAGAGGCAAAGCGUAUUGACGUGGUUCAUAUUCGCGGCAGGACAAGGUUCUACAUAGGGGAAAAUUGUGGUUGGUUUGACAGAAGCAUGCUUUCCUUUUAUGAAAUCAUGCACAGUAAUUGCAGGUCUGCACUUCCUGCUUUGGGGGUCUCCUUGACCCAGCGCAUUGAGGUUGGGAUGCUCUACGAAGCUUGAAAAGCUAAAAUCUAUAAAUCCAAUACAAUGUAUCGAUGUUGUUUGCAGUUCUGUAAAAUCAAACACCAAACAUGACAAAGUCAUUCUAGAUGCCUCAGCAUGCAGCAGCUACGAAACAUGUACUACUCGCCAUGGUUAUGGACAUAGAAUUUUUACAGUUUCUUAAGAUAAAAGUUGAGUUUAUACAACUUUUUUUUCUUGACAAAAUCAGAUGCAACACAUCCUAUUCAAUUUCAAUUGAUUGCUUGUCAGAGUCGUUAU